UCCCUUCCCUUCGAGCUUCCAGUCAGCUAUAGUGUCCCCAAAACACACCACUCGAUUCGAAGCUUUUGCUGGGGCGGGACUGAUAGGACGUGAAUAUUUAUCAUCCUAUAUACUAGUUAGGAAUGUUGCCCCGUCACCAUGAGGGUCCGUGGUGAGUGGCGAGCCUGGUGAAGAGAUAGGAGGCGGAGUGGUGACGUGACAAUGGCGGAGAGGGAGAGGGAGGAGCACCUGAAGGCUGAAGACAAGGAAGCCACAUCUUACACUCGCUCAAAAAGACGUUCCUACAGAUGGAAAUCGCGGAAAAAGGAAGUAGAAACUGUAUAUGUCUGGUUUCCUACACUUGGGGUAAAUAUAAUCAAGAAUCACAAGAAUCUGGUGAGGCAACUGAAGGAGCUCCGACAGGCAGGUGUUCAGCACAUCCAGGUUCCUCUGUCGGACCAGCUCUCUGCCACAGUGCUGCAGCUUGUGUGUGACUUCUUUAAAAAGAAAAAAUGUGGCAUGAAGUUUUUCAUUUCAGCAUCAGUGGUGGUGCCUGAGGAGCCAGCGGUGUUGGUGCAGCGCUUAGAGGAGCUUUACCUGUACCUGGGUCAGCGGCCAGUUGACCUGCUGCUGCUGGAAAACCCAGUGGGCCUCAGAGGGUCUAACUACACACAGAUAUACAAUAAAAAUGAAGACGGAACUUGGCCUCCUGUUAGAAGACUCUUUCAGAGAGGCAGUGACGGGCAACUUGUCAUUCCUCCCAACAUUAUGCAAAACCUGAGCACCGUCUGGAGACUGUUAGAGACAGAGGUCAUCAAGCGAGGUCUUGCAGUGCAUCUUGGUCUUCGCAACUUUACCCUCAUUCAAAUUCAAGAAUUACUGAAUGUGGUAAAACUCAAGCCUAUUAUAGUCCAGGCUGAGCUCAAUCUAUAUUUUCGACAGAAGAAAUUAAGGAGCUUUUGCAGUAACAAUAAUAUAACUGUGUGUGCCAUAUACCCUUUUGGCAGCCCAUACACUGACAGCAGGAAUUUGCCUGUGCUGACACAACACAGGUCAGUGAGAAGUAUUGCCCACAAGCUGGACACUUCUCCCAAGGCUGUGUUGCUAAGGUACCUCCUGGUGUAUGACAUCCCCGUGGUGAUAGACAACUCCAUGGCCCGUGGAGCAGCACACCUCUUCCAGACUGUUUAUGAGAUCAAGUUAGAGGAGAAACACAUGGAAAAGCUUUCUGCUGUCCAGCAAAGUCAACCUAAAAGAGUCCUCACAGAGUUUGAAUUGUGGCAAAAAAAGUUCCCUUUGUGGCCAUUCUAUAUAGAGAAUGAGGAGAGGGAGGAGGAGGAGGAGGAGGAGGAGGAAUGUACCACAAAGAAAACUGGUGCAGGAAGGAUUCACAAGCACAGAAAGCAGACUGGCAUGGCAGGCUUACUCUUCACCACAGAGGACAUUCACAAGAAGGGCAAAGUUAAUGUAAAAGAGUGAUACAGGUGUGCUCCAUGAAUCAGGCUGUGGGUCUAAAUGAGUCUUGCUCUAGCUUUGGAGGGACAACUUUUGUGGGAAUGUAAAAUAAGAAUUGUGGGGAAUAUAAAAUGAACACUCAUGGAAGUAGGGUGUUAUGAAAAGAAGUAAUUAGGGAUUUCAUGGAUUGUUGCUCAGCUUUGGGAGUGACAAGUGUUCCCUGUGGUGAGAAAGGCAGGCCAGCAGCACAAGGCUCAUUGAAGAACCUUGCUCACCUGAGUCACUGGUACAUCUUUGUUGGGAAAUUUUUCAUGUUGCUUUACAUAAGGAUGUGGACAUUUAUGGUAAACAAAGUUGUCUUCAUUUCAUGAGCCAAAUGUUGAUUAUUUGGCCAAUUUAGAGGAAACUAGAAGGAGCAAUAUGAUUUUUUUUUUUUUCUUAAGGACACAAAUAACUAAACCACCAAGUAAUGUAACUUACAGAAUUAAGCAAAAAUGAUUUCAUGAACUUAUCAUAAA